AAAAUCUUCAAAAGGGAAGUGCUGUGAAGGAGAGGACCUCUGCAAAUUUUUGAAACCAAUUCCACAAAAACUUUCAUUCAUCAGCUUAAUCUUCAUGGAUUCAGGAAAAUGGAAGGGAAUUGUCCAAUGCCGGCCUCACCUGACAAACUUCAAGCACUAGCAGCAGCAGAUUCUGCUUUUGGCAAGGGCUGGGGCUUCCCGCCUUUCCAUUCGGGCAUCCACAUGUAG